GCGCGUCUUUCCUGGAGCUGUGGGUGGAGCGCGGCUUCCUGGAGCUGUAAGGGGCAGGAAAAAAUGUCUAUACUCACUUCUCCCAGAGGAAAGGUAGAAGUGGUUCAUUGCCGAAGAACAGAAUCACAGGAUGUUUAUUGUAUCAAAAGCCUCAUUAGAAAAUUUACCCAGAAGCUGUUUGGGAAGCUUAAUAUCAUCUAUCUUCUAGAAAAGGCAAAUCUUGCUGUUACCCUCUGCAAUGACAAAGAGGAGAUCAUGGCUCAUGCCUCCUUCUUGGACUAUCCCAACUGGAAUGUUGCCAAGCAGGACAACUGGGUGCCCGUGUUCCAAGAGCUCGACAGUGAAAUCCCAUGCACACCUCUGAAUACUUUGUUCAUGCACCUCUUUGUGGCCGUGGAUGAGUACUCCAUGGGCUGCUGCAAAGAGAUUAUUCGGACUGUGUUUAAGGCUGUGCCAGAACUGCACUUCAUCUUCCUCAUAGUGCCAUCCUAUAUGAGCCUAGGCUCAACUCUCAUAACUGUUUUUGACCAAGUGGGGAACAUUCCAUGUCUGACGUACAGUGAAGAGUUUGCAGUGCAUAUAUGUCACAGGCACAACCACUUCCCUCAGCUGCACAUUCGCAGAGCCAGGGUGGAAGACCAUGAUGAUCUCAUGCCAAUAUUUAUGCGCUAUGACACCAUUCUGAAGGAAACUUAUGGUGACUACUUCCUGGCUGAACUAAUAGAGGCCCAAGAUGAAGAGAAUCAUGCUGUCGUGUGUGAGGUGGAAGGUAAAGCUGUUGGGUUCAUGAAUGUGUGCUCGAGAGUGGACUUGCCACUGCUCCAUGAGUGCUUCGACUUGGGGCCUUUCCACGGACUCUGUGUCCCACAUCCUGAUGAUGUUCUGGAACCACCACAAGAAUACAGUGUUCAAGAAAUUCAAGCCAGGGAUGGAAAAGUGUUUUCCUUUUGUAUUGAUGACAACAUCCUUCCUAAAGGAUGGAUUUGA